CCGGGCGGAGCGCGUCCCGCAGCCGGCUUGUCCGCAUCGCGGCCCGGGUGCUCGCCCCGGCUCGCCCGCCCGGUGCGGAGCUCGCCAUGGCGGCCACUGACCUGGAACGCUUCUCGCUCCCGGAUCCUGGGUGCGAUUCCAGGCAGGUCUGGCCUCAGUGGUUGGGUCUGAAGCAGCCAUUCCCCAGGAACUGGAGGGAUUCCAGAUUCAGCCCAGUGGAUGUUUGGGCCCCAAUCCAGAAUGCAGAGCCAGAGCCCCGGAGCCUCUCCCUGGGUGGCCAUGUGGGUUUCGACAGCCUCCCCGACCAGCUGGUCAGCAAGUCGGUCACUCAGGGCUUCAGCUUCAACAUCCUCUGUGUGGGGGAGACCGGCAUUGGCAAGUCCACACUGAUGAACACGCUCUUCAACACAACCUUUGAGACCGAGGAAGCCAGUCACCAUGAGGAGUGUGUGCGCCUGCGGCCCCAGACCUACGACCUCCAGGAGAGCAACGUGCAGCUCAAGCUGACCAUCGUGGAUGCCGUGGGCUUCGGGGAUCAGAUCAAUAAGGAUGAGAGUUACAGGCCCAUAGUCGACUACAUCGACGCGCAGUUUGAAAACUACCUGCAGGAGGAGCUGAAGAUCCGCCGUUCGCUCUUCGACUACCAUGACACGAGGAUCCACGUCUGCCUCUACUUCAUCACGCCCACGGGGCACUCCCUCAAGUCCCUGGAUCUGGUGACCAUGAAGAAACUAGACAGCAAGGUGAACAUUAUUCCCAUCAUCGCCAAAGCGGACACCAUUUCCAAGAGUGAGCUCCACAAGUUCAAGAUCAAGAUCAUGGGUGAGCUGGUCAGCAAUGGGGUCCAGAUCUACCAGUUUCCCACAGAUGAUGAAGCUGUUGCAGAGAUUAAUGCAGUCAUGAAUGCACACCUGCCCUUUGCCGUGGUGGGCAGCACCGAGGAGGUGAAGGUGGGGAACAAGCUGGUGCGAGCGCGGCAGUACCCUUGGGGCGUGGUGCAGGUGGAGAACGAAAAUCACUGCGACUUCGUGAAGCUCCGGGAGAUGUUGAUCCGGGUGAACAUGGAGGACCUCCGCGAGCAGACCCACAGUCGGCACUACGAGCUCUACCGGCGCUGCAAGUUGGAGGAGAUGGGCUUCCAGGACGGCGAUGGUGACAGCCAGCCUUUCAGCCUACAGGAGACAUACGAGGCCAAGAGGAAAGAAUUCCUGAGCGAGCUGCAGAGGAAGGAGGAGGAGAUGAGGCAGAUGUUCGUCAACAAAGUGAAGGAGACGGAGCUGGAGUUGAAGGAGAAGGAGAGAGAGCUCCACGAGAAGUUCGAACACCUCAAGCGGGUCCACCAGGAAGAGAAGCGCAAGGUGGAGGAGAAGCGCCGGGAACUGGAGGAGGAGACCAACGCCUUCAACCGCAGGAAGGCGGCGGUGGAGGCCCUGCAGUCUCAGGCCCUGCACGCCACCUCGCAGCAGCCUCUGAGGAAGGACAAGGACAAGAAGAAUUAACGCACGCACAGACUUACAUGUCAAGAGUGGACUUUAGACUUUCAUGUGUUAAGUUGCUUGAGUUACACCUUGUGACCCUUCUCCCAUAACAUGGUGUGAGGACGGACUGGGAGCUGGUACAGACUCCAGUGUUUACAGCCUUGCUUUGUCCCCCCACCCCACCCCGCCAUCCCCCAGGCUGCCUGGGCCUGGCGGGCCGCCCUCUCUAUGCAAACUCGUUAAAGCCAUGAAUGCUGGAAUCCAAAACUGAUGAGGUUUAUUUUUUUCAGAGCCAGUGGCUGGUCUUCCAUUUACAGUGUCACUAUUCCUUGACGGAGCAGUUUUGUGCCACUCUAGCGAAGGCCCCAGCUGGCGAUGCUCGGCCUAAUUGUUCAGCGUCAAGAUGGCAACUCAUGCAGUGCCCUAGAUGUGGCCACGUGGUGUGGUAUACAUGCUGCAAAUUCGCCUGAUUCCCCUUCAUUUUAAUUUUUCUAACCUAGAGCUUAAUUUCAAUAAUAACUUUUAAAGCACUUCUAAAUUUUUAUUUUGGCACGAGCAUAAAGACAAAUAAUACCCUCUCCCAUUAUUUUCAUAAGUAACAGAUUCCCUGAUUUUUAAAAACUAAAAAUAUCUCUAAACCUUUCUUAUGUAUAAAGUAUCCCUAUAAACUAUAGGGAGAGGUGGGUAAUAAACAUCCUGUAAUGACAGUGUUUGGAAUUUCUUUAUGGAUGAAAGUGGAUCAUGAACAAGACCACAUCCAGUGUUUUUACUGUGAAUGUAAAUGGAACAGCAGCCCAAAGCCAUUGUCUCUGUGCCCCAGAGGUGCUACCUGUAAACAGGGACCAACCCCAUGUGUGCGUGUUAAGUGUUUGACUCUAAGACCCCCCAAACCAAUCCUGCAUAUUCCAAAUGCAAAGAGCGUUCAGCGGGAACAGAUUUUUCUCCAGGUCAUUGUUUCCUUUUUCUUGGCUGAGUCACAGGGAAAGAGGUGAAAGUGUCUGAUGUAUGUGAACAAUUUAAGAAAAAAAUACCAGCUUUUCCCCUUUACCGGCAUUCUUAAAAAGAACAUUCUAAGAAAGUACAAGCAUUCUUCUAUGUUCCUGUUGGUUUGCAAGCCAUUGAGAAUAUCAGGGUUGAAAAUAUGGGCUGAUAACAUGGUACACAAGAAAUGAAUAGAUGAGAGGAAGGAUUUCAUUUAAUGUUGAAGCACUGUGCUGGGCAUUGGCUACCCAGAGUAACGCGCAGCUCUGUCCUCAAGGAGCUUACAGUCUAGUGCACGCCCUAGUUGGAAGACUUAGGAAGCUGCGCUAAUAUAUUGUUGGAUUGGCAUUUUGUUUUUUACGUCCUUCAUCUUCCCUCCCAUCAUUGUUUCCCUCUUUCUGCCUUGGCCUGCUUUACUGAUUUCCAGGACCAGGUCCUGGCUCCUUCUUGCCCUUCUGAGACCAUGUUCCAUUCAGAGAGGGGUGGAGGGUGAGCUGUGUGUAUCCACUGAGGUAUGACCAGGAAAAGGUGGUCUUUUUCUCCUCGCCAGGAGCAGAGCAGGUUUUAUUGAUGCUCAAAGUGAAAAUUCUCCAAAGUUAUGCCAUGACCAGGGGUGGAUACAGGUUUUUGAGGGGCUCGAAGCUUGAACUACUUGAGAAACCUUCUUUAAAAAAAAAAAAAAAAAAGAAGGAUAUGAGUAUAAAAUUAGGUACAGGGCCUUGGAAAGGGCACUGAGAAUUAAGCUUCAUUAGCUUCAGAGUAAAUCCACCUCUGGCUAUAACUGAUGCUUCAUUGUGGGUGUCCAAAAAGGUAAAUCAGCAUAUCUAAGGCAGAUGUGGACUGCGAGUGGCUUAACUUUAGGGUAAUUAUGUCUGAAAGUGUAUUUAGUUGGGUGGAAGUAUGACCUUUAAGAUAGCCUCUGUCAGCUAAUGUACUUCUGAAGACGAGGCUCAAUGACCCAGCAGGUUCACUGGUUAUAUAAGAGAUGAGGACUCCUGAUUCAUGGGCUAAUCUGGGGACUCUUGGAGUGGGCAGAUUCUGCCACCCAUCCACUGCCGCCUGCGGGCUGCACCCAGGGCAUACUUGGGAGGCCAGAAUUAUGGCUGGUUAUCUGCCUGCGGGCCCAAGCCUUCCCAGAAUCUCGGGGAGACCUGUCAUUGUUACAUUUUCUGGGGUCUGAGCUGCCUCCACAGGACCCAUUGACUUUAGUGAGCCUUACUGCACUUUUCUCCCAUGCUGUUUAUGUUUGGAAUUUUGUCAUUUUUAGCUGAGACCAAAUUAAUCCUUGGUGCCCAAAGUGGGCUUAGAACUUGCCAUUAUUUAACAAGCUCCCCAUCACAGAACGUGCCCCCUGUCUGCAGGAUCUGAUUACCCCUCCUUUUCUGUCUCAGUAUCAUCCGUUGGCAUUAUUACGACAGUCAGUGGGAUCAUGCUGGCAUUUACUAUCAUGUCUUUCAUGAACCAAGUUGGUUUUGGGUAGAAUCACCGUAUAAUUUAUUGACCAAACUGAGACUUUUGAGAGUGAAAGGAAAUGCUGUUAAUAAUUAUGCCAAGUCAACAAGCAUAAGCCAUGACUGUCUCAGGCAAACUGGGAUGUAUGGUCACCCAAGUUAUGGGUAACCUGAGUCUAGGUGGUCUGCACUUGUGCAGACUAACUCCAUGUAUGUUUGUGUGUAUGUCUUUGUGUGGAUUCCCUGUUAAGUGGGGCUCGUAUUACUGGAUAAGAGGCCCGAGGGAAGUGUGGCUUGCUAGUCUGUUAUGUUAACAUGCUUUUCUAAAACUGCUUCACUUGUUAAUUCAUUUACUCCUUCAUUCAUUGACAAUUUUUGUUCCUUUCCAUUCACUUUGUACUCAUUUUUUUUCAUUAAAUUUUGCAUUUAUUUUGA